UGAAGAAAGCAAGACCGUUUCUUAAGGGUUUGGCGAUUACAAUGCAAAUACAGCAGUGAGCGCCUUGUGGGCUUCUUUCGAGGAUUCUCACUGGAGUCACAAACAAAAUUUUUGCUUGUAGGAGAAAAACAGAAGCGGACCGUUUGUGGAUGUGGAACUGUUGCACCUUACGUACAGAGAUGGCCCACUGAUACCUGAAGUGAAGCAGAACAUAAAGGACUCCUCUGGAGAGUAUCACCCCCCCCCCUUCUGCAUCUGACGGAAGAUCUCUAAUCAUGAUGUCCACAUGGCUGCCGCUCGUGUUCCUCGUGCUGCGCGCCGGCUGCGGAGGAUCCUUCCCCACGGCUCCGACCGAGACGCCGCCGGAGACUGGAGCCUUCAGAGUGACCGACACCAGCCUGACGCACCUUACCGUGCACCGCAAGACGGGCGACGUUUACGUGGGCGCCGUCAACCGCGUCUACAAGCUCUCGGCCAACCUGACGGAGCUGCGCUCGCACAUGACCGGCCCCGUGGAGGACAACUCCAAGUGCUACCCGCCACCCAGCGUGCGAGCCUGCGCCCACAGGCUGGAGCCCACAGACAACGUCAAUAAGCUACUGCUGGUGGAUUAUGCCGGGCACCGGCUGGUGGCCUGCGGGAGCAUCUGGCAGGGCGUGUGCCAGUUCCUUCGCCUGGAAGACCUCUUUAAGCUCGGGGAGCCCCAUCACCGCAAGGAGCACUACCUGUCCGGGGCCAAGGAGGCCGACGGCAUGGCGGGGGUGGUGGUCGGUGAAGAAGAUGCCACAGCCGGGGACGGGAAGAAGAAGAAGAAAAGAGGCAGCCGCCUCUUCAUCGGUGCUGCCAUCGACGGGAAGUCCGAGUACUUUCCCACCCUGUCCAGCCGCAAGCUGGUGGAGGAUGAGGAGAACGUCAGCAUGUUCAGCUUGGUCUACCAGGAUGAGUUUGUGUCUUCGCAGAUCAAAAUCCCGUCGGACACCCUCUCUCUGUACCCGGCGUUCGACAUUUACUACGUUUACGGCUUCUCCAGCCGCACCUACAUCUACUUCCUGACGUUGCAGCUGGACACGCAGCUCACGCAGAUGGACGCCACCGGCGAGAAGUUCUUCACGUCCAAGAUAGUGCGCAUGUGCUCCAACGACACCGAGUUCUACUCCUACGUGGAAUUCCCCCUGGGCUGCACCAAGGAUGGGGUGGAGUACCGCCUGGUCCAGGCCGCCUACAAGCAUCGGCCGGGCCGGAUGCUGGCCCGGGCCCUCGGCCUGUCGGAAGACGAGGACGUUUUGUUCGUGGUCUUCUCCCAGGGCCAGAAGAACCGGGCUAAUCCACCCCGUGAGACCGUGCUAUGCCUCUUCACCCUGCGUCAGGUCAACUCGGCCAUGCGAGAGAGGAUCAAGUCCUGCUACCGCGGUGAAGGCAGACUGUCCCUGCCUUGGCUGCUCAACAAGGAGCUGCCCUGCAUCACCACGCCCAAGCAGAUUGGCGACGAUUUCUGUGGCCUUGUGCUGAACCAGCCACUAGGGGGCCUGGAUGCGAUCGAGGGGACGCCCCUGUUCGACGAGCGUGUCGACGGCAUGGCCUCGGUGGCCGCCUACACCUAUGGGGAACACACGGUGGUGUUCUUGGGCACUCGCAGUGGUCAUCUCAAGAAGAUCCGAGUGGAUGGCAUUCCUCCUCCAUCCCAGAAUGCUCUGCUGUACGAGACAGUCUCGGUGGUGGAGGGAAGUCCCAUACUGCGGGAUAUGGUCUUCAGUCCAGACUAUCAGUACAUCUACCUUCUGAGUGAAAAGCAGGUGAGCCGGGUGCCAGUGGAAAGCUGUGGGCAGUACCAUAGCUGCCGGGCCUGCCUUGGCUCUGGGGAUCCCCACUGCGGCUGGUGUGUCCUCCACAACAAGUGCUCCAGACAGGAAGCAUGCGAGAAGUGGUCUGAGCCAAAGCGCUUUAAUGUUGAGCUGGACCAGUGUGUUGACAUUGAGGUCGUACCCAGCAAUAUGUCUGUGACCUCUGCCUCAGUCCAGCUCACCGUGAAGGUGCGCAAUGUGCCCAGUCUCUCUCAGGGGGUCACCUGCGUUUUCGAGGGGCUGGCAGAGAGCCCGGGAGAGGUACUGGACAAAGGUCACGUCCUCUGCGUGUCUCCCUCGCUGCGGGACGUCCCAUCCGUCACUCUGGGUCACGGGGACAAACGCGUGGUCAAAUUGUCCCUCAGGUCCACGGAAACUGGACACAAAUUCAUCACCACGGAUUUCAUCUUUUACAACUGCAGCGUUCUCCAGUCGUGCCUGUCCUGUGUGAAGAGCCCUUUCCCUUGUAACUGGUGUAAAUACCGGCACAUCUGCACCAACAACCUGGCCGACUGCUCCUUCCACGAGGGACGCGUGAGCAACAUUGAGGGCUGCCCACAGAUCUUGCCCAUCAAUGACAUCCUGGUACCCGCUGGCGUGAUUCGCCCGAUCACGCUGCGCGCCCGCAACCUGCCUCAGCCUCAGUCGGGCCAGAAGAAUUACGAGUGCGUCUUCAACAUCCAAGGCAAGGCGCAGCGCAUCCCGGCCGUGCGCUUCAACAGCUCCUGCAUCCAGUGCCAGAACACCUCGUACUGGUACGAUGGCGAUGACGUUGGUGACCUGGCUGUGGAUUUCUCCAUUGUUUGGGAUGGGGACUUCUUUAUCGACAAGCCGGCUACGAUGAAAGCCCUGCUGUACAAAUGCGAGGCUCAGCGGGAGAGCUGCGGCCUGUGUCUGAGGGCAGACAGCGCCUUUGACUGCGGCUGGUGCCUUGCUGACAAGAAGUGCCUCUUGCGGCAGCACUGCCACACCCCCGAGCUAAACUGGAUGCACCAGAACCGUCGCAGCGUGCGCUGCAGCCACCCCCGCAUAACCAAGAUAUGGCCACUCGCUGGACCCAAAGAGGGCGGCACGCGGGUAACCAUAGAGGGAGUGAACCUCGGCCUGCAGGUACGGGAGAUCACCCACGUGCGUGUCGCUGGCGUCCACUGCAUCCCCGUCCCGUCCGAGUACAUCAGCGCCGAGAGGAUUGUAUGUGACAUGGAUGAGUCACUGCUCUCCAACCCCCCCGGAGGCCCGGUGGAGCUCUGCAUUGGUGACUGCUCUGUAGAGUACCGCACACAGUCCACGCAGACUUACUCCUUUGUGCUUCCCAGCUUCGAUCGCAUCCACCCAAAGAAGGGGCCUAUGUCUGGAGGCACCAGGCUCACCAUCUUCGGAAAGCACCUGGACGGCGGCAGUGCGGUGACGGUGUUCCUCGGCCAGGGGGAGUGCCUCUUUGUCAGGAGAAACAUGAAGGACAUUGUGUGUGUGACCCCUCCGUCCACAAGUGGAUCCACUUCCUCGCCCAUCAGGCUGUUCAUCGACAAGGCAGAGAUAACCAGCACUAACACAAUCUACUUCUACACCGAGGACCCCACUGUGGGUGGCAUCGAACCCACCUGGAGCAUUGUCAAUGGGAGCACGACCAUCACCGUAAUGGGCAACAACCUCCUUACCAUUCAGGAACCCAAAGUCCGGGCUAAAUAUGGAGGUGUGGAGACUACCAACGUGUGCACCGUCAUGAACGAUUCCACAAUGACCUGUCUGGCUCCCGGCAUCGUCUACACCAAGCGGCAGGUCCCAGAGUCUGGCCUGCACCCAGAUGAGUUCGGCUUCAUCCUGGACCAUGUAACCGCCUUACUCAUCCUGAAUGGAACUCCCUUCACCUACUAUCCCAAUCCCACCUUUGAUCCUCUGGGCAGCUCUGGGAUCCUGGAGGUGAAGCCAGGGUCACCUAUCAUUCUUAAAGGGAAAAACCUGAUACCCCCUGCUCCGGGGAACGCCCGACUGAAUUACAGCGUGCUGAUUGGAGAAACCCCGUGCCUGUUAACGGUCUCAGAAUCCCAGCUGCUCUGUGAUUCGCCAGAACUCACAGGGGAGCAGCGAGUGCUGGUACGUCUGACGUCCCCCGCUAAUGUGGAGAAGGCCCUGCGUCUCUUCAGCCAGCUGCUGCACAACAAGAUGUUUCUCCUGACCUUCAUCCACACACUCGAGGUGCAGCGCUCCUUUUCCAUGCGUGACCGAGGCAACGUGGCCUCCCUCCUGAUGGCGGCGCUACAGGAGCGCAUGGAGUACGCCACCGUGGUGCUGAAGCAGCUGCUAGCCGACCUCAUCGAGAAGAACCUAGAGAACCGCAACCACCCCAAACUGCUGCUCAGGAGGACCGAGUCUGUGGCUGAGAAGAUGCUCACUAACUGGUUUACCUUUCUGCUCCACCGCUUCCUGAAGGAGUGUGCUGGAGAGCCCCUCUUCAUGCUGUACUGUGCCAUCAAGCAGCAGAUGGAGAAAGGCCCCAUCGAUGCCAUCACAGGCGAGGCCCGUUACUCCCUGAGCGAGGACAAGCUCAUCCGCCAGCAGAUCGACUACAAGCAGCUGACCCUGAUGUGCAUACCCCCUGAGGGUGAGGCGGGCACUGAGAUCCCAGUGAAGGUGCUGAACUGCGACACAGUGACCCAGGUGAAGGACAAGCUGCUGGACGCCGUGUAUAAAGGCAUCCCAUACUCACAGCGGCCCCAGGCCGAGGACAUGGACCUGGAGUGGAGACAGGGGCGACUUACCCGAAUCAUUCUCCAAGAUGAGGAUAUCACUACCAAAAUCGAAAGUGACUGGAAACGACUCAACACUCUGGCCCAUUACCAGGUGACUGAGGGCUCCCUGGUGGCCCUGGUUCAGAAGCAGGUCUCAGCCUACAACAUUGCCAACUCCUUCACCUUCACACGCUCCCUCAGCAGAUACGAGAGUCUCCUGAGGACAUCCAGUAGCCCGGACAGCCUACGUUCCAGAGCCCCCAUGAUCACCCCCGACCAGGAGACGGGCACCAAACUGUGGCACCUUGUCAAGAACCACGAGCAUGCAGACCAGCGUGAAGGCGACCGUGGCAGCAAGAUGGUGUCCGAGAUCUACCUGACCCGCCUCCUGGCCACCAAGGGCACGCUGCAGAAGUUCGUGGAUGACCUGUUUGAGACUGUGUUCAGCACCGCCCAUCGUGGCAGUGCCCUCCCCCUCGCCAUCAAGUACAUGUUCGACUUCCUGGACGAGCAGGCUGACCGGCGACAGAUCAGUGACCCCGAUGUGCGACACACCUGGAAGAGCAAUUGCCUGCCUCUGCGUUUCUGGGUAAACGUCAUCAAGAACCCCCAGUUCGUGUUCGACAUCCACAAGAACAGCAUCACGGACGCCUGCCUGUCGGUGGUGGCUCAGACCUUCAUGGAUUCGUGCUCCACCUCCGAGCACCGGCUGGGCAAAGACUCGCCCUCCAACAAGCUGCUCUACGCCAAGGACAUCCCCAACUACAAGAGCUGGGUAGAGCGGUACUACCGAGACAUCGGUAAGAUGCCCAGCAUCAGUGACCAGGAUAUGGACGCCUAUCUGGUGGAGCAGUCCCGCUUACACGCCAACGAGUUCAACACACUCAGCGCCCUCAGCGAGCUCUACUUCUACAUCAACAAGUACAAAGAGGAGAUUCUGACAGCACUAGACCGUGACGGAUACUGCCGCAAACACAAACUGAGGCACAAACUGGAACAAGCCAUCAACCUGAUGUCGGGCAGCAGCUGAGUCAGUGGCACGGAACAGGGUGUGAGGGAGAGGGGUGCGG